AUGUUUGUUUAUGCUAAAUUCAUGAAAGAGCUCUUAUCGGGAAAACGGAAGUUGAGAAAUGACGAGAACAUCGCUUUGGCAAAAGAAUACAGUGCUAUUAUUCAGAGAAAGCUUCCACUAAAACUCAACAAUCUAGGUAUGGAAGUUUCGCUCCAAAUUUGUCAGAAAAACGAGACAGCUAUAGAUACCACUGAUGUUUUCACAACUUCACAGAGAUUUGUCACACGGGAAGAAGUUAUCCGCUGGGUUAAAGAGACCGGAAUCAACAAUAAAGUGACUGUUAUCAUAGCGCGUUCAGACACUGAAACAGGCAAAAGAGGAAGAAGUAACAAAGUUAUAUUUGCGUGCGAUAAAGGUGGAAAAUAUAAGGAUAAAAGUGAGACUCAAAGUGCUACUAAGAGAUGUGGAUGUCCAUUCAAAAUCAGAUCGACUCCGGCAAAAGAUGGGUCUGGAUGGAAGGUUGAUGUAAAAUGUGGAGUUCAUAAUCAUGGUUUACCAGAUAGAUUAGAAGGCCAUUCAUUUGUUGGUAGGUUGACAACAGAUGAGAAGCAGCAUGUUGCUGAUUUGACAAAGAGACAUGUUCCGCCUAGACACAUAUUGACUUCCUUGCAAGAGCGAGAUCCUGAGAACGUCACUCGGAUCACGCAAAUAUACAAGCAUAAAAGUGUGAUUGAAGCGGAGAUAAGAGGUCCAAGAAGUGAGAUACAACAUUUGCUUAAGCUUAUAGAGGAGGCGAACUAUGUUUAUUGGAGUAGGAAACGGGAUGAUUGUGAAGUUGUGAGAGAUAUUUUUUUGGGCUCAUCCAGAUUCGGUAAAGUUGCUGAAUCUUUUUCCUACUGUCUUGAUUAUGGACGCCACUUAUAA